GGUUUGCUUUUUGGUUUGCUUGUGAUUCAUUCUAAUUCCGUAUUCAUUCCAAUUUUCCCAUUCGCUUCCAUCAUCACCCCCAACUAUUUCUUGAAAAGGCUUCGACCCCACCACGCUAACGUUCUUCUCUUCUCUCUCCAAAGAGCUCGUGAUUAUAUGAAAUCCACCUCACAGAUUCAGAUUUGAGAUUCGUUACUCGGAUUCUUUCACUCGUCCUCGCUUUUUUUUGGCGUUGAAAUUUUUUAUUGGUAAGCUGUCACAGUCCACACUAUUAGAACUUGGAAUUGAUUAUGGGGAGCAACAAGGCACCAAGUUGGUCUGACCAAUGGGGAAGUGGUGGAUUUGGGAGUGAUGACUAUGGUGAUGAUCACCAUAAUGAGAAGAUGGACAAGAGUGGGAGCAGCAAGAAGAUGGCGGAUGCGAAGGCGGUAGCAUCGGCCGGGAUGGACAAGGCCAAGGCAGCCGCGUUGGUCGGAGCUGACAAGGCCAAGGCGGCUGCCGUGGUGAGUGCCAUGAAGGUGAAGAGUGGCACCUCUGCUGGCCUCAAGUGGGUCAAGAACCAGUACCAGAAGAGGACUUCCAAGUGAAAUCAUGAUGACUCAUUCUGUUCACAAAAAAAGCGCUCAAAGUGUGGUCUCAAACUCAUGCUUUAUUAUUGAACAUUAUAUAUCUUGGAUAGUUUUUUCUUUUUAAAUGUCAUUGUUCUUUCAUAAACUAUACUGAAUUUUUAUUCAAUAUUGAUUAUAUGGUGUGGCUGUAAUUUUAGAACAAUCCGGGUAUAUUUGUUUAUAAAUGUAGGGUGUUGACGAGUUUCA